AUGGCUCAGGAUCACCGAGGUCUGCGCCUUCCCUCACUCCUAGCCUGGCUCAUACCCUGCUUCCGAAAAAGGCGAGGCUACCAGCUCAUCCCCCUCGCCCCAAACUUCCUCAGUGCGCUCCCUGUCGAGCUGAUUUUAGCAAUAUCCGGUUUCAUGCCACCUAAUGAUCUCAUUUGUUUUGCACUGUGUGACCACCGCCUUUUUUCGCUACUGCACAAGACAACGGCUCCACGGUUGGGGAGAGAUCUCACUCUUGAACUGCUGCAAAGGUUGGAACGCGAUCUUCCAAACCAUUUUGCGUGCCAGUGUUGCAUUACUAUCCACCCCUAUUAUAGGGUGACGGAUCUGGAUAACCAACCCAUGUACUCAAGUAUGUGUCUGCUUCGAUGUGUUGUCAACUCGGCGUGGCACGAACCGAGAUUCCGUCUGAGUAUACACGGCUUCGCUGCCUACACGAUGUAUGAGUUUAGCUUCCUCCACCUCCAACUUGCAAUGAAGCGAUUCAACGGCGGUCUCCGAUACGGUAUUACCCCCGAGAAACUAUCCUACAUUGAAGUUCAGGAGAACUAUGAGCCGAAAUGUACUACUCUAUUUUCGAUUGAAACCAAAGUCUGCACCGACCCGCUGGGCUUAUAUCUCAGGAUUCAAGAUAUUGUAUUGUUCAAAGACCAAGCAGAAGACUUUUUCCGCUAUCCGGACAGACACAAUAGCAGAAAACCGCCGCAUGUCUUCAUGGUAUGCACGCAUUUCCGCUUCUCUCAGAUGAAGGAACAGAUGAACCCUUUACUUUCGGCAUACAAGCAGACCCUGUCGCCCAUUCGUCUGGAGCGGACCUGUGAGAAGUGCAAUGCAGACUUUCUCCUCGAGCUACAGGAGUUUGACGGCUAUUCUGCCUUCAGCGUGACACGCUGGAUGAAUUUAGGUUCUGGUUUAACCCCGGAGGAUCCGCUGUGGAGGAUACGAUCGUUGCAAAACACUUACGACAGUCUCAUAAGUCCAUUCUCAAUGGAAUUGGAUAAAAUGGCGUGGAGUCCGCGAAGAUCUUAUGAGUCUUCCUCUGCGGAUUGGACACAGGAAACUUUGCUGUCCCGUAACCUCUCCUGGCUUAAGGGGAAACGAUACAAGCGAUGUAUGCACAGUGAUGGAACUUCAACUUGGCUUUUUAGGCAUCCGGAAUUUUCAUGGGCACAAAAAUAUAACAGGAAGAUACGCUGA